UGAGGGUAAACGCUGCCGGGAGAUGAUGCCGUUAUAAACAGGCAGAUGAAAAUACCGAAUAAACUCCCUGAAACGGCCCUGACAGUAUGGACGUUGAAGACUGCAAUGGCCAGUCUUACAUAUCAGCUGGUGGAGACUCUUCAAUGGAGAGAGAGUUUUCUGGGGCUCUUGGAGGACCAACAGUGAGCACACCAAACAGCAAAGAAGCCUCUCCUAGUCGCUCCCUCAGUGCCAACUCCAUUAAAGUGGAGCUGUACAGUGAUGAAGAUGUUGGUCGCAGUACUGAAGAUGAGAGAGGAGAGCGGGUUGAGGAAGGAGGCCCUGAGCAAGGUUCUGAUCCUGCUGGAGGCUACAGGGAACCCAUCAACCCUGAGACAGUACCCACCGGAGCCCAAAGAUUGCCAAAUGGAAAGCUCAUGUGUGACAUCUGUGGAAUGAUCUGCAUCGGGCCUAAUGUGCUCAUGGUGCACAGACGCAGCCAUACAGGUGAGCGACCAUUCCAGUGUAAUCAGUGUGGAGCCUCCUUCACUCAAAAGGGUAACCUGCUUCGCCACAUCAAGCUGCACUCAGGGGAGAAGCCCUUUAAAUGUCCGUUCUGCAGCUAUGCCUGUCGAAGAAGAGAUGCACUUACAGGACACCUUCGCACACAUGCAGUGUCCUCUCCAACUGUAGGGAAACCAUAUAAGUGCAGUUACUGUGGUCGCAGUUAUAAGCAGCAAAGUACCCUGGAGGAGCACCGUGAGCGCUGCCACAGCUACUUACAGAGUGUGGACUCACAGCAGCCAUCCAGUGCACAGAAUCAAGGAGAGGAGAUGAGAGAGCUAGAGUUUAUACCCGACUCUCCACUGCAACCCUCCUCAGACAAGAUGGUAUUUAUUGAUCGGCUUGCCAACAGUAUCACCAAACGCAAGAGAUCCACACCACAAAAAUUUGUAGGACAGAAGCUUAUACGCCUCAACCUGGCAGAUGCACCUUAUGAGCUCAGUGCUGGUUUGGAUAAAGACAGGGAGAUGCACACAGGGGACAUGGAAGCUCCGCACUUUACUGGUCUGGGAGGAGAAUACGCAGGUGUAGCAGGUAAUGGAGGAGACACACUGAGGCCUGUACACCUAACCACCACUCACUCUUCAUGUUUAUCAGAACUAAAGUCAAUCCACAGCUCCGUCCAUCCCUCUGGAGCUCUAGGCCCCAGGUUGGAUUGUACAGGCACAGGAGCCGGGCUGGGAGCUGGGGGUGUAGUGGGGAGGGAAGCAGCAGAGGGUCAUGAAGAUCUCCCAGCGGCACAGAGUCACGCUCCCUCACCCAGCAAUGGUUGCCAGGACUCUACUGACACAGAGAGCAUGCCCGAUGAGCCAUGCAACAGCACUGCAGCGACUCCCACCCUACACAGCAACAGCCACCAUCUCCUCCACUCUAACAACUAUCACUCAGCGCCUCCUGCCACCACACACCAUAGGAGUCGGGACAGGCACAGUCCCAGCCACGCCAAAGACAGGGAGGUGAAAAGAGAGGAUGGAAGCCACUCAGCUCUCCCAACUCCUGCCCAUGCGCCAACUCCCAGCUCACCAACAGCACCUUCCUCUACCUCUAGGGAGGCUUUUCGGGUCGUAGACGGGGAAGGUCGAGCUGUGCGAUCUUUCCGUUGCGAGCACUGUCGCGUGCUUUUCCUGGACCACGUCAUGUUUACCAUCCACAUGGGCUGCCAUGGGUUUCGCCAGCCUUUUGAGUGUAACAUCUGUGGCCACCGCAGCCAGGACCGCUAUGAAUUUUCUUCACACAUUGUCCGUGGGGAGCACAUCCUCGACUAAUGAUUAAAGUGGACAGUGUGCUUCAGAACAAGCUGUUUUUACACUGAGGUGAGGACCUGGCUGAGUUUGGUCUGCACACUAGUUUACAGAGGCACUGAUGACAGGGAAAUGAUAGGAAUCUUCCCAACAUGCUGUGACACAGUUUGCAUUUAUGGCAGUUAUUCAUGUUUCUUCAAUUAUUGUAGUAGUCCCUACUAUUUUCAAUGCACUUUGAAAAAUGAACCCGUUUAAAAUGCACUUUAAUCAAAUUGAAUAGUAGAUGAAGAGCUGAAACACUUUUUCAUCUACCCAUGUGCCUUGCUCAGGAUCCAAACCUGAUGCACAAAUCUGACUUUUGUCCAGAAACUGAAACCUUUCACUUUUAAUGCACUUUAACAGAAACAAAUUGUUAAAUCAUCAUCAAAUUACAUAGGUCCAUUGAUAUUGGAAUCACAGAAAGUACGAAUUUGCACUUCAAGAACUUAAUUUGUGAAACAGUUCUCUGACAAAUGAUACUGGCCACAGUGCUUUGAGAGGCUCAGCAUGAUGUGAAAUGAAAUGCAGACCAAACUCAAAAACCAGGUCCAAGUCGACUGGAUGUGUCUGUGGGGUCGUCCAUGAAUUUUAAACUGCACUUUUGUUUCUAAUGGGGUUGAGUUGGAAAAAUUUGAGUGUGUUUGUGUGUGUGAGAAAGGGGAGAAUAUGUGGCACCCUGUGUUUUUUGGAGGUGAAUUUAAAUAAGUGGAAAAUGAAGGCCUUUGUGUGAAUGCUCCAUGUAUGAAAUGUUUUUUUUUCUUUUCUAUGACUGCUUUGGUUGCACUGAUACCUGCCAGAAAACUUUAAUUAUAUUAAACUAUUUUAUGGAAUACUUUGACCUGCACAUUUCUCUCAAAGUGUGAGGAGAAAAAAAAAGUUUUUUCUCAUAAGAAAAGGGGUACGAGAUUCACUGCCAGUUUUACAGAUGACAAGAGGGUAUGAUCUUUACAAGUCUUAAACGUUUUCCCAUUCAUAGCUACAUCAAGUAGAAACAAAUGCUUAUCUAUUUAUGCUAUAUUUAAGGAUUUUUUUUGGUGUUCUCUCUCAUUGUAUUGUGCCUUUCUUCACCCUGAUCCCACCAGGUUGAAGGACAUAAACUACCACAGUCAUAUCUAAAGACAGAUCAUCAUGGAUGGUUUUAGUGAUCUUCAGUCACAAAACUGCUUUAAAGUCUCUAAACUUAAGGUCCUGGCUUAUAUAGCUUUGCACAAUUGUUAUUUGAUCCUAUUUGAAUAAAAAGUGGGAUUUUUUCCCUGAAUGAAUUAAUGAAUUAGCAAAGAGCCACUUCUGCUAAUUUAUCAGACAUACUGUGCAUGGCACUUAGCACAAGCUUUUAUGACAUAAGUGUGUUCAGUGUGGAGUGACAGUUUACUGCCACUUAAAAGGGUUCAAUUUUUUAAAAAAUAUAUUAAUUUGAAUUUUCUUUGCACAUACUUUAGUUGACAGACUCCCCUUUCAUUAGUUUGUAAUUUUUUUAAAACCCACAAUAAUACAUUUUGGUCAUAUGGUGCAAGGGGGCUGGUUAAUAGCACUAUCAGCUCUCAAAUUUGACUUUUGAUAUUCAAAACAUUAUAAAUUUAACAUUUCACUCCCCAUUUAUAUCAGACUAAAUAAAACUUGCACAGUCCUACAAGCUACCUUGCUAAAUCAGUCAUACAGAGUUUGACCAGAAAAAAAAAAAGUAAAGCUGGUGGGUGUUUAUGAAUUAAAAACAUGCAGAUUAACUCCACUAUAAACAGCCACAGCUUUAAUAUUUUAGACCAUCCAAGAAAGGCUCAAAAAAAUACUGAAAUUCAUCAAUAUUUGUCUGUUGACUUGGGCCAGUUUUUAAUUUUGUAAAAUAUAACAUUUAUUUCUCAUAAUGAUUGCCACAUUUGUAAAGCAGCCACAACAGAAACAGCAUUUGAAUCGAUAUGUUAAAUCGUUUUUUGCUUCAUUGGUUUGGCCUGAACUACAUGUAGAAGUGGUGCUCCCUUUGUAAUUAUUUUUUAGAUCCUUGCUGCGAUUCUAUGCAGCCAAGGCCAAAUAAUCACCAUUUCUCUCUUGGAAGCACAUUUCCCUAUAAGAGGCAAAAUUGAGAGGGAAUAGGGCUGAUCUAUUUGGAUUUAUAAAGAUAAUAAAUGAGGAGAAUGCUGCCGUUUCUUUAUCACUGUUCUUGUCAGGAAAACCUUGUUAAAAUUGUCUUUUUUCAUAGUUGCUCCACUGAUUUUGCUGUAGACACCUAAGGGUUCCCUAUUAAUAUAUACUGUUAUGCUAAACCUCCAUGUACUUUUAUUUUUAUGGUUACUAGUUUCUACAAGGACCUACAUUUUUUUGUUGCAUUUGUAAAGUAGGUGGAUUUCUUUUAACAUCGCUGUAUGAGAUUAAACAGUACAUAACCAGUUCUCAUAACACAGGAGAACAGUCAAGAUUUAAAUGUUCUCUUCCAAAGUAAUACUUAACUUUCAUAAUGAAUCUAUCCUGCCUUAACAUUCAAAUAGAGAGAAUAAACUGUUGUAGUGGGUUAAAACCUUAUCAAGAGCACAGUGAAAUUGACUUUAAUGUAAAGAUUUACCACCAAAGUUGUCAUGGGUUUUGAUGGAGAAGAAAAUGCAGUUUGCAAGCAAGUGUACGUCACAUUACGUCCCUGUGUAUAUUCUUUUUUAAGGUAAUUGGAACCUUCAUAAAGACCAAGGUGCAAUUCUUCUACUUUUAGUGAGAUUUCUGUCAUUGACAUGACUUGUGUGCCUUUGGCCAGUGAUGUUAUCUGCAUUUAUUUUGUAAUCUAAUUGAUUUGUGUGUUCGAGAUUGGUUUGCCACUUCUUCAAGGCUUGCAUUACUAAAAAGGUCUUUCUUUUGUCCAUGUUUGAAACUUUUGUACAGCAACAGCCAUAAAUGUUAACUAAACCCCCUGGUAGACGGACAUAAUUGUUUUAUAAUUUUAAAACUUCUUGACCAAUCAUAACUAAAAAGACUUAAGUUAGGCAGAAUUCUACGUCGCUAGGAGCCAAAGAUGCAUCUUGAUAAAGAUAUUUUGAUAAAAUGUACAAAACUUCAACUGGGUGGAACCCGUAGAUGUUGGUCUCAAUGUGAAGUUGGCAAGACUGCUGCAGUGUUGUAGAGUACUGCAUCCAAGUCCAUCUUGAAGAAAAUCGGCCCUUUCCUGUUCAAAUGUUGGGAUUUUUUUGUUUGAAAUGUGCAAUAGACAGUGAAGUGUUUCUAAACCUGCUGCAUGUUAAUACCACUGCUGUUCGCUCCUCAACCACGUUUCUGUUGUAAAGACAACCAAAUAAACUGUC